AUGAGUCCCAGCGCUAUCAGCACAUCUUCGGCGACAUUGCCAAAAGCGAGUGGCCUGCCCGACAAUGGACACCCUUACGCAGAAUUGGACGUCACCAAGAUGCUCAAGACUCUUGUCCCCGAGGCAGACCAACUGCCCGUCCCAGAUGCCCACGAUCCAGUGAGAUUAGGCCAGAACUGUACAACGGCACACAUGGUACAAGUCCCAUGGGCUAUGCAAAGUGGCUGGGGAACACCCGUAAUGAGUCCCUACGGCAAGAUCGCCCUCGAGCCAACAGCAAGCGUCCUACACUACGCCACGGAGUCCUUCGAAGGAAUGAAAGCCUACCGAGGCCACGACAACAAACUCCGCCUCUUUCGCCCAGACCUCAACUGCGCCCGCCUUCUGAAGUCCAACGCCCGCGUAGGCCUCCCCUCCUUCAACCCAUCCGCCCUCCUCGCCAUAAUCACCACCUACCUCGGCACAGAAUGCCCCCGCUGGCUUCCGGAUCCAGGCACAAACCUCUACGUCCGCCCCGCCAUGGUCGGAAGCGGCUCCGCGCUCGGUAUCAACCAGCCGCCCGAAGCCUUGUUCUUCCUCUUUGCCGCGCUCUUUCCGCAGUCUCUGGGAGGAGGAUCGAAGAAUGCGCCGCACCCGGGCAUCAAGUUGCUCGCUAGCAGCCCUGAGCAUAUCCGCGCCUGGCCUGGCGGGUUCGGGUCCGCGAAGGUGGGCGCGAAUUACGGGCCUGCUAUGGUUUCGCAUGCGGCGGCUAAGGCGCAGGGGUGUACGCAGACGUUGUGGUUGUUUGGGGAGGAGAGGAUUGUUACGGAGGCUGGGGCGAGUAAUUUCUUUGUUGUGUGGAGGAAGAAGGGGGGUGAAGGGAUUGAGCUUGUAACUAGUUCUUUGGACACGGAGGUUAUCCUGGAUGGCAUCACUCGACGGAGUGUUUUGGAGGUUGCGAGGGAGAGGCUGACGCGGGAAUCGACGGCUGAGACUGAGCUUGCCCCGCUGGAUGUUGUCGAGCGGCCUUUUACUAUGGGUGAGGUUGUGGAAGCAUAUGAGGAAGGUCGGCUAGUGGAGGCCUUUGUUUCUGGCACUGCGAUGUUUAUCACCCCGGUCUCCGUGAUCAAGCAUGGCGACACUGAGAUUCAAUUCCCCAUGAUGGUUACUGAUGAGGGGCACAAGACACCGCGCUCCGCGUACUCCAACACCAUCAAAUCCUGGUUGGAGGAUAUCAUCUACGGUCGAGUAGAACACGAAUGGGGAUACGUCGUUGCUGAGCAGUGA